CCGCUCUCUCCCAACUCUGGACAGCUCCCGCUCGACCCAAACAGACGACGUCAGAGCAGGCGAGGGCUCGGACAUGGCGAGGAGGGCGCCGCGGGAGCAGAAGGAGAGCGAGCGGCGGCGAGAGGAGCGGCGGAGGGGCUGCUGCUGGCCGGGCUGAGGAGCCAGCGCCUUCCCUCCCUCCCUUCCCCCCUUCCUUCCUUCCUUCCCUUCCUCCCUCCCUCCCUUCCAGAUCUCUCUCUCUCUUUCAAUCUCAAUCUCCCCCUUUGACACGCAGCACACAUUCACACCCGGACUGAGAGGAGAGGAAGGGAGGCCUUCCUCCGGAGAGGGAGGAGGAGGAGGAGGGGGAGCUGGGGAAGGGAGGAAGGAAGGAAGGAAGGAAGGAAAGAGGGAGCCAGGGAAGAGCCCUCCUUUCCCCGGGCCCCCAAAAAGGGGGAGGGAGGGAAGGAGGGGGAGGAAGGAAGGAAGGAAGGGAAGGGCAGCAGGCUCCCUCCCCAGACAAGGGCCCAAGAAGGAAGCCCUGCACGCAGCCCAGGCCAAGGAAGCCUCAGAAGAUCUCCCUCUCCUUUCCUUUCCUUUCCUCCUCCAUCCCCAGCCCAGGCCAAGGAAGCACCCAGGGCCCAAGAAGGAAGCCCUGCAGCAGCCCAGGCCAAGGAAGGCUCAGAAGAUCUCCCUCUCCUUUCCUCUCCUUUCCUCCUCCUCCCUCCAGCAGCAACCCGGGCCAAGGAAAUACCCAGGAGGUCCCCUCUUUCCUCCCGUGAGCAGCAGCUUCCAUCCUCAGCCUAGGGCCCAAGAAGGAAGCCCUGCAGCAGCCCAGGCCAAGGAAGCCUCAGAAGAUCUCCCUCUCCUUUCCUUUCCUCCUCCCGCCAGCAACAGCCCGGGCCAAGGAAGCCUCAGAAGAUCUCCCUCUCCUUUCUCCUCCUCCUCCAUCCCCAGCCUAGGCCAAGGAAGCAACCAGGAGGUCUCCUCUUUCCUUUCCUCCCGAGAGCAGCAGCCUCCAUCCUCAGCCGAGGGCCCAAGAAGGAAGCCCUGCAGCAGCCCGGGCCAAGGAAGCCUGAGAAGAUCUCUCUCUCCUUUCCUCUCCGUUCCUCCUCCUCCCGCCAGCAGCAGCCCGGGCCAAGGAGGCGCCCGGCCGAGGAGGUCUCCCCGUCCCCAUCCUCCUCCUCCUCCUCAUGGACUGAAUGAAGACCGCCUGCCCCCCGCUGCCCGCCUCCUCCGCCUCCUAUCGAUGCCUCCUCACCAAAGAGCUGCUGGGGGACAGCUGCGCCAUGAACGCGGAGGCCACGCUGAGCCUGGAGACGCUGGGUCCGCUGCACGGCCCGCCGCCGGGAGGCCAUGACUCGGAGCUGAUGGGCAGCAGCGCCAGCCCGCACCACCACCCCUCUCGGUCCCUGCGGGGCGCGCCUCCCCAGGGCCCCCCGCCCCCGCCGCCGCCCCCGCAGCAGGACCUCUCCUCGGCGGCCUCGUCGCGCUCGGCGAUGGUGAGCAGCAUGGCCUCGCUGCUGGAGGGCGCGGGGGAGUUCCGCCCGGAGCUGUCCAUCCCGCUGCACCACGCCAUGAGCAUGCCGUGCGACUCCUCUCCGCCGGGCCUGGGCAUGAGCGGCACCUACACCACGCUGACGCCGCUCCAGCCCCUGCCGCCCAUCUCCACGGUCUCGGACAAGUUCCACCACCCGCACGCGCACCACCACCCGCACCACCCGCACCACCCGCACCCGCACCACCACCACCACCACCAGCACCACCAGCGCCUCGCCGUCUCCGCCAACGUCAGCGGCAGCUUCGCCCUCAUGCGCGACGAGCGCGGCUUGCCCGCCAUGAACAACCUCUACGGGCCCUACAAGGAGAUGGGCGCCAUGGGGCAGAGCCUCUCCCCGCUCGGCAACGGGCUGGGCCCGCUCCACCACCAGCACCCGCAGCCCGGCGCCCUCCACAACUACGUCAGCCCCGGGCACGACAAGAUGCUCAGCCCCAACUUCGAGGCCCACGCCGCCAUGCUGGCCCGCGGAGGAGGAGGAGGGGGUCCCGGAGGAGGAGGAGGCGGCGGCGGAGGAGGAGGAGGCGCGGAGCAGCACCUCUCCCGGGGCCUGGCCACCCCGCCGGCCUCCAUGAUGGCCCACCUCAACGGCAUGCACCACCCGGGGCACCCCGGGAGCGGCGGCGGAGGCGGGGGCGGGGGCGUGGGGCACCCCCAGGGCCACGUGGGGCCCGUGCUGUCCCGGGAGCGGCCCCCUUCCUCCUCGGCGGGGCCCCCGGGGGUCAACGGCAGCGGCGGCGGGCAGCUGGAGGAGAUCAACACCAAAGAAGUGGCGCAGCGCAUCACGGCGGAGCUGAAGCGCUACAGCAUCCCGCAGGCCAUCUUCGCCCAGCGGGUCCUGUGCCGCUCUCAGGGCACGCUCUCCGACCUGCUAAGGAACCCUAAACCCUGGAGUAAACUCAAGUCCGGGCGGGAGACCUUCCGGAGGAUGUGGAAGUGGCUGCAGGAGCCCGAGUUCCAGAGGAUGUCCGCCUUGAGGCUGGCUGCCUCUUGCCCUUCAAGUAUACUGGACUACAACCUUCAUCACCCUGGCGGCCAGGUUGUCAGUGAGCAAGGACACAUCUGGACAACAUCAGCAUGCAAACGCAAAGAACAAGAACCAAAUAAAGAUAGGAACAACUCCCAGAAGAAAUCUCGUCUGGUUUUCACCGAUCUCCAACGCAGAACACUUUUUGCCAUCUUCAAAGAGAACAAACGUCCAUCCAAAGAAAUGCAGAUCACCAUCUCGCAACAGCUGGGCUUGGAACUUACCACUGUCAGUAACUUCUUCAUGAAUGCACGGAGGCGGAGUCUCGAGAAAUGGCAGGAUGAUUUGAGCACCGGGGGAUCUUCCACAACCUCCAGCACUUGUACCAAAGCAUGAUCAAAGAACCGAAUCUAAAUUGGGCACAACUCAACUAAGAUAGAUGAAAAGGAACGGAUUCUUAAUGGGGCCCUUCACUGGUGAUUUGAAAGCACAAUUCUCUUAAACAGUAACACCAACUUACAACAUGGGGACACUUAAUUAAUUUAAAAGACUACCAGGUUUUUUGGGGGGGUGGGGGUUGUUUUAAUGUGCAGGUCAACAAUACACUCAAGGCAGACUAAGCAUGUCUCAAAUCAAAAUAGGUAAUUCAUGACCCAAAUUCAUCCAGGGCCAGCAUGGCAGAGUCAAUCAGAGCUUCUUAAAAAAUCAUUCGCUUUGAGGUCAAUGGGAUCCACCAACAAAAUAGCACCCAGAGUAGCAGAUUAUUUACCAAAAGAAGUUACAACAUGUCUGACCUAUUUUAUUUCAGGCUGCUUAGAUUCUCCACACCAAAGCUCACAAACAUUGAAACAUACAGGUUCUGAGCACAAAUUUGAACUAGACCUAACAACAUAAGGUUUUUAUUUUAGAAAGUCAGGCAUUGUUACAGUAUGAUCAGUAUGAUUUGACUUAACAUGUUUGGCUUUGUUUUAAAAAACCUAAUUGUCUAUUAAUGUAUGGUCUUGGAUCAGUACAAUUUGGUUCCCUUGAACCCAAACUAUCAAGCACAAAGACAAUAGACUAAGGAAACAGGACCAGCUCUGGACUCUUUGCCUGUUCUUACGAGACGUGCUCGGAGUUAGGGGGUGUUAGUGAACAUGUUGGUAUCAAGCACACUUUUGCAGGUCACAAUUUCUACUUGUACAUAGUGCCGACACACACUCAGGAAGCCAGUCAUAAUGUUACCACACAUAGGGCAAAUGCAACACUUCUACAGCUCUAAGUCUUUCUUUGUUAUGAGGCAUCUAACUUCACUGUGUCAUCACCAUUAUCCUAAGAACACACUUUUAUUUGCCACAUCAAUUCUGUAUUCAAGUUAGUUGGUGUUUUUAGGCAGGAGAAUAAAGCAAAUACCUUGAAGAUGUCACUCACUGACCACUGGAGCACGUAGUUAGAUAAAAUCCUCUCCCAGUCUUGUUCCAUGGACAAAACCAUCAUCACCUCUCCCUUCAUCUAAGAAUGCAACACACCAAAGAUGCAGGAUACUGCAAGCCAAAGAUCAUUAUACCUUUGUCAUUCUUCUAACAUCAUUGUCUGUGUCAUCAUUGCCAUCUUUGUCCAGAUAGUCAGGUUUAAGAAUCCAUGUGAGUCAAAAGUACAGGUCUCUUUCAGUUCACCCUUCCAGCGAACUGAAAAAGUUCUCCGCAAGUGAAGUCGCGUUGCUCACUUUUAACUGCAUUAGGGUACAGUGUUCACACACAGGGACACACACACCAUCUUUCUCAUCAGAAUUGCUCUGGUCAUAUAAUGUGCAUAUUUACCAGUGAAUAGCCCCCUUCCUUGGAACACCACUUGAGUGUUCAAUAGCAAGCCAAAUGCUGUUAAUGAUCCUUUAAAGACACUUGAGACUCUUUUAUGUACUACUUAAUCGAAACCAAAGAAACUUUUUUCUGCACCUACUUCUUCUGCAACAAACUGUUCCGUUUAGGGGAAAAUAAUAAAGAAAUGAAUAAUAAUUAAAAAAUAAAAUAAAACCAAAAUAAGGAAGCACGUCAGGAAAAAAAAAUACCAAUGAUAACACACUGUGUUUUGACAGACAUCUUGGGACAUUUUUAGGAAGCAGAGUUCAAAGAAAGGGUUAACAAGAAAGGAAAACGAACGGAAAAGCCAACGGGAUUGCUGCUUCAUUUGACAACUCAGUAAUCUUAAAGUUGAAGAUUGUCUUUAAUUUGUGCCUAUGCAGUUUUUUCAAAAGAACAAGGAACAGAGCAACCGAGACCUCAACAGCUACAAUACCAAAGAAUGAGGAUUUCGCAUGACUUUAAGUUCAGUUCAUUAUCUCCCCUUGCACAGCUAAAAUGCUUAUAGCACCAUUGAUCUGUGUAAAGGUAAAUUGAUUCUGUUUCUUUUGAGCAACAGCAAACAAACACACAGAAGGGAUAUUUUUUCUAAGUUAUGUUCUUUUUUUCCAGUUUCUGCUCCCACAUGGAAUUUCACUAAAGAAUUCCAUGGGCUCCAAGUAUAAGAUGUUGGGAUACUAAGCUAAGCAAUCUCCUCUAACCAGAACUGGUGCUUGAGGAAGACUCUUGCCAGUUCGGCGUCAUUUUUGUUGAAUGGGUUGUGUGUAUUUCAUGCUUUUUCAAUGACAAAUCUAAGCAACGGGAUGGAGGGAAAUGUUUUGUGAAUGCAAAUGAAAUGAUGUUUUGUUGGUUGGUAUAUGGAAUAAUCUCUCAUGUUUCUGAGAAACAACCCAUGCCAUGUCAUAGUUGUUUUUUCCAUCUGAUCCUCAAGAACUAAUGAUCACCAAAUUCUGACCACCCAGAUCCAUUUCUCCUCACUAGAUCUGUGCUUAUCAGAGUAGGGAAUCCUCUAAAUAUGGUAUUCAUUACCUCCCCACCACACAUCUACAUCCCUGUAUUGCUUUCCUGUAUACAUCUAGGCCUUAUAAAUACCAUCAUUAGACCACUUUGUCCCCAUGAAGACCCUUUCUCUCUGAGACACCCUCUUUCCCUAUCUAUGACCUCAGGUACUGAACCCAUAGUGGAUAAGUAUACAAGACUGUAUUCCUCUUUGUCAUUCAUAGUAGUGGGAUACACUUUUGACUCCAAACCUAUUCCCAAUGCAUAAUUACACCAUAUCCCACCUUUUUGUGGCAUUUACAAUGGAGAUCCAUUAGUGGAAUUCUGCCUUUACUCAUAGUGUGGCUUCUGAUAAUUCUACUCUGAGAGUUGGAAAUGAAAUGUAUUUAAAAUUAUAUGCAAAAUCCACCUCAAUACACCAGCAGCAUAUGUAAACCACCUGCAAGCAUCUGAAGCCUCUAUGGUGGGGCAAAUUUGUCAUCUAGGAAUCAUUCAUUAGAGGGAAAAGCUGCCAUACUGAUAUAAUCCAGGAUCAUCAAAAUCAAUGUGGGUUUUGCUAUCAAACAUAAGGUUGUCAAUGGCAAGUUUCCCACUUGUUUAAAUGGUUCUGGACUACAUACUCAGUGAAAAUUCAAUUAAACACAUACAGUAAUUAUUUUUCCCGCUGCUAAAAUCAAGGACACUUUUUAAAAAGCAAAACACAGAACAAAGUUUUUUAAAAGAGCAACUAUGAGUAAUUACUUUUUGGAAACUAAUUUGGAAUUCUAUUGUUGAUAGUACAAAGAUGAUUCCUUCAAGGCAAAUAAGAUACCCCCCCCUCUCAAAAAAGAAAAUGGUUUCAAAAUCUGACCUGAAGACACAUAAAAGAGGUGAAAUGCAGAGCUGCUCAGGUGUGAAAGGUGUAUUUUACUUCUUAUAAAAAAACAGGCAAUAUUUCCGAGCCAAGAAUCCACAUUUCCCCUCCUAUUUGAGCUCAUCUUGAGAAAUGCCCCAAUUCCAUGCUUAAAGUCCAUACAUUUUUUUCCAGUAUCCAUCACUCACAGAAUAGAACACAACACCUGCGUUGGGCAAAAAUGCUUCACUGUGACCUUGCAGAUAGACCUUCAUGUAUGCAAGUAAAUAUGAUGAAAGAGUUUAAAUUGUCCAAUGUGGGUAUCCACGGGACUUUCUGUGUGGCUCUUCCCUGCAGAUAUAUUUUAUAUCCUUGGAGACUAGAGGUCAUGCCAGUUUCUUGGAUAUAAUGUUUAUUUUAUGAUCAGGGUUAAUUUUAGGUUACUGUUGUUUCUUGGUUAUGUGCUUUUCAAACAUUUCACAAUCCCUUAUUGAGCUGAACACGAUACUUUGGUUAAGAAAUGAAAUACCAUUUCUUAUCUUUUCAUACAUGACCUGCUGUUUCCCUUUACUUCAAAUAUGGCUAUAUAUCUGUACUGUCUUCACAGAAGGUCGUUCUGGCAUUUCUUAUGCUAGAACAGGGUCUUUCUUCUAUUUUCCAGAAAUUCCUUCAACUGCUAAGCAACUGUGCCAAAGAAUCUAUGGGCUUGUAAAGGGUUUUGUGAUGAGACCUUACUGCACAUUUUCAGUUCAACCUGACCAAGAUUGUCUUGCCUUGUUGGAUUGUAAAUAUGCCCUAUAACACACUAAAUCCCAUCUGUUUGACCACAGUUUGCAGAGAAACAUUAGUAGUGAUAAGCAAAUUAUCAUUCUUAGAAAGCUUGUUUGCCAGGACUAAUCCUACUGUCUUUAGAAACCCCCAAUCCAAAUUGUUCCAUAAGUUGGAAAUUCAUUGAUCUAAAGUCUUCCUUUUUUUUUUGUACCAUUUGUUAACGUGGGAAGCUUUUACAAUAUAUAAUUGCUCACUCAGUGUAGCACCAUUCACCAGGAUUCAUUUCAUCUACUUUGUUAUACUUCAGGAAAAGGAUAGUGAAGAGAAAUUGCUACAGUUAAAGCCUCAGGUCUUUUAGUUACAACAACUUUGCAUUUUGAAGAGGGUCAGAAUGCCCAAGUAUUUAUUUACUUAUAUACUAUUUUUAUCCCAAUAUUCAAAGACUAGAGGAACAUGUUGCGUGCACAAAUACAAUUUUCCAUGGUGUACCAUAUGUACUAGUUGUGCAUGAAUCCAUUUAGACAUAGACAUGCAUUUACCAGCUACACUGAACCUCAUUAUUUCUUCUUGGCUAGCAAAUCCAUAUUGGUAACCAGGAAUAGUUCCUAAUUGUACCUGCUAAAAUCCAGACAUCUGGCACAUGCAGUCAGUCAUGGGCAAUCUAUGCUGUUUAAAUGCUAUCCGCAUUAAAGGAAGCAUUAAGCAGAAGGACUUCCUAAGUCCAGUUCACCAAACUACAAAUGACAGCCAACAGUUUUAGCCAGUUUAUCAUUAAUAAGCAUAUAACACACAGCUUUCAUUCUAGGCACCAAAAUUAUUCAGCGUCUCUGUCCCCUUUUCUGACCCAAAUCUCUUGUACUUUUGCUCUUUUUUUUCUGCCCAACCAUUUUUGUUUUGUUUUGUAGCUGAACUGUUGGAACAUACUGUUUGAUUUUGCUUUCCAAUCAUCCACUUCCAAAGUGCAAAUGCAUUCACAGGGGACUGCCAGCCAUUCUAACCAUGUUUUGUAUAUGUACUGAUCAAAGCUUGUGUCUAACUUGCAUUGAGUACUGUCUGUUCCAUGUGCGCGGUUUCAGAAAGAAAUGGUAGCGGAAUAGUAUCCCAACAUCUUUCUUUACUUUUAUACUUGGAGUUUUUUUUCAUGGGCACAUCCAAGAUGAAUUCAACUUUCAAGAAACCUUGGAUAUUGUUUAAUCAUCUGUGGAGGAACAAAGAAUGUGCUUGAUUACUUCGGUUGAAUAGCUUUAUUCUGGAUCUCUCUUAACUAAAGCUAAAUCCAAAGACCUACGAAGGACAAAAACCAGCAAAACGUAAAGCUCAGACCGACUUACGGGAAUAGCAACCUCCUUUUUUUUAAAACCCAAAAAAAGAAACAAAAAACAAAAAAGAGGAGAUGUGGCAAUGACAUAGCUAUGGGGGAACAAAAAUUCUGAUGUUUUUUUUUUCUUGCUUGUCACCAUAUUUAAGUAUUUUGUGAUUUUUAUAGAUUAUUGCUUGGCCUACUCGCUAUUUAUUAUGGGAAUUGUUUUUCUUUGUUAUUGUUUUAAAAGUUACACGGUCAUCUUCAAAGCCUUUAUUUCUUUCCUUUAUAUUUUUGGGCUGUAAUGAGUAACAUUAAUGAUCAAUCAUGAGAUUUAUUUUAAUUAGAUAGAGAACCAGGCCCAAGGUCUUAGCUCUGCUUAAAUAUGUAUUCCAAGGCAAGGUCCUAUUGAUUCCAUUGGCGUCAGGACACACUCUUGGACUUUGAACAUAGGUUUAGCUGGUGCUAAAGCUGGAGGGCCAGGAGUCUACUGAUUACCUUCUGUGAUGAUUUUGAUGACAUUCCUGAUUAUUUUGGUUGCAGUCCACCUGGAUUUGGUCCUAAGCACAUCCCAUUGAAAUGAAUGGAACCGGUACCAGGGUAUAGAAGAUUGGUACCAUCACCAAUUUCAAUGGUAUGUGCAUGAGAUCAUCUCCUUCUGGGUUGUGCCUUUUAUUUGCUAGUGUUAAUUUUUGCUUAUUUAUCAAUCUUAGAAUCGUAGUGCAUCCUAGAUGCAAAUCUGAGGUUAGCACAUAAAUUUAAUGUUCGGGAGAGGUAUUGGUACAGCUUCCAGAUUCUGUUACAGAAACAAAGUAAAAGAUGGCAAGUUACCAAAAAUGAUUAAAGAUUUCCCCCACCCUCCUCCCCGAACAAGGGUAUGUUUUAUAUAUUAUAAUCACUUUCAAUGGUUUAUAAAAUGAUCAGUUUUAAGUUAUUUAAGUUAAUUCCUCCUCACCUCACUAAAAAAAAACCUCAAAACCAAAAAAGUGAGGCUUACCUUUUAAUUAUUAUUACGGCACGUAAAAGCCUUCAUAAUAUAACUUAUUUAUUUAACUUAUUCAGCAUCUACUAAAGGUGCCCUUGUAUAGUUUAUAUUUUUUUUAUAAAAUCAGCGUAAAGCACUACAGUUUAUUUGCUGUCAGAACAACAGAGUGAUUUUUUAUUUUUUAUUUUUGGACAAGCAAGGAAUAUUUUGUCUAAAACCAUGCAUUCAGGAACAACAGGGGAUUUUUUUAAAAAAGAAAACCAAGACACUACAACACUUUGCCUGAACUUUGUGGCUUUUUAAAAACCUAAACCUAAGCUGGGGGGAAAAAUAUAAAAUAACAACAAGCAAAAAAAUAAAAUAAAAUAAGUAAAUAAUUUUUAAAAAAGAGAGAAACCCUUAAAGUAGCUGCUUCCAAGAAUGAACUUCAUGUGUGUGUAAAAAAUAAAAAUAAAAGGAUUUAAAAAAAACAGGAAAAAAAGGAAAAAAAACUUUCUAUUUCUAGUGAGAACCAAAGAGGCUACCUCACUGACUUUUUCCAUUUGUAAUUUUAAUCGUGUUGAUGAUACCAAAGAUACCAAAGAUUUCUUUCUCUGUGCGGUCUGCAUUUUGCUUGUGCUCUUUAUAGUUUUAACCUUUUCUCUUUUACAUCCAGUAUGUACAGCUGCAACUCAGAUACCCCCAACCACCCCAAGAAAGUCUGUCAAAGGGAACUGCUAAUUCUGACAAAGUCCUUUUCUGUAUUUCACUUUCUCCCACCACUUUUUCUGCUCCCGGCCUCCUGAAAGGAGGCAUUUCUAAUAGCUUGAUUUUCAGCACCUAUUGCCUGAUGCUUCUGGGGAGUUCCAUGUACAGAGGAGGUUUUUGCCUGGAGUUGCCCCAAGGCAUGUUCCUCCCUUUCUUAAGUGGGCUGAACCACAUGGACAGGGAUGCACAUUUCCAUCUGAAAGUGGCCAAGGAGGUGCAUGGAUAGGGAUGGCCGUUCCUUUUCAGACCAGCCUCAACUGGAUGGAUUAGGAUAAGCAUGGUUUUCUGGCACAACAGUCAGCAUCCUGUUGGUUUCUUAUGCUGAUACACAAGCUUUUUUCGUGUUAGGAGUGACUUGAGAAACUGCAAGUCGCUUCUGGUGUGAAAGAAUUGGCCGUCUGCAAGGACGUUGCCCAGAAGAUGCCUGGAUGUUUUGAUGUUUUACCAUCCUUGUGGGGGGUUCUCUCAUGUCCCUGCAUCAGGUCAGCAGUCCUGCUGGCACAAGGGUUUAACCCAUUAUGAUCCCAAACUGGGAUCAUAAGAGUGAAAAGGCCACAGAUGUUACCAGUGUGAAGGACAGAAGUUUAUUUUGAUAAAUAGGUAACUUGGAGCCAUCAGAUGGUGUCGUACUUCCUUCACCACCAAGGCAUGAACUUUGCAUAACAUACCAACAGAUUUCCAGCUUACUAUCUGAUAUGGGUGAUCAGUUGCCAAUGAGUCCAAUCGAAUAGACAGCACUGGCUUGGAUCCAAAAAUCUAGCAUGGAAGGGGAGCAACUUUUGUUAUUUUGUGUACAGAAAGCCCUAGGUCCCUAGGCUGACAUGUCCAGCUAAAAGGCAUUCAUAUAGAUGGGGCUAGAAAGUGUCCUUGACUUGGUGGAGAAAUGUUGUAAGUCAGAGAAGUUAGCUUCAUUUGUUCACCAUAUAGCAAGGUCUUCACAGUUGAUAUUGUUUUCCAGUACAGUAAGCCCAAUCCUCCAUGAUAAGUCAUCUUGGAAACAUAGUUUCAAUAGCAGAUUGUGAUAUGAUGUGGUCAAGAUCCAAUGUUUAGUAGGUUGGAGGAAGAGAAUAAAGAGAAUAAAUAACUUGUCCAAGUUAGUGUUGUAGAUCACCACCUCCAUCCUGCAAAGGGGAAAAGUAGAUAUAGUUCUCCAUGUUCACACUUUGGACCAUUGUGUGGCUGUAAAUGAACCAGUUUGAGUAACAUUUAGAUCUGCUCAUGAGACCCAAUCCAGAGAAACCUAAAUAUACCAAAUCCUAUAAUUCCAAAUUUAUAUGCUUAAAAUGUAUGCCGCAGUGCAAAACACACAAUCUCUAAGUGUAGAUCAAAGGAGUAAAGGGCCAGAAAUCCUUCGCUGUGCCCUUGAGUUUGUGUUCCAGUGCACUUUUACUGGGAAGAAAAUCCACAGAGGGUCAGUAGAUCUAAAUUUAGGUGAAUCUUAAGCAUUUCAUUGCAUCCACCUGGUCAUAGGUGCAUCUAUGUUUUUCUGGGCCAUAUCCAUUUAUAGGCAGAAUUCAAUGUUCCUGCACAUAUACAAAUCUCUGGCAGAGCUGGUCUCCUUCCAUGGAAGAGAAAGCUCCACAAGCCGCCCCUUUAAAAACAAUAGAUUGCCCACUGCAUUGAAGUGACAAUAGAAAAUUCUUCAUACAUGCAAGCAGUGUGCACAGGCAUAUUAAACAUGCUCUUCAGCUUUCUGUACAUGGAACUACUGGGUCAGGUUAUAUGUGUUUGCUAUCUCGUGGGACCUAGAAAUCAAAAAGAGACAGUUGCGUUGAACAUGAGUUAUCUUUUGUUAUCCUUUUUCUUCUUGCUCCUAGCAAAUUAUUCUUACUAAAGUUUAUUUUAUUUUCUUCUGCCAGCUGCUAAAUACUUUUUGGAUGUUUCUGGGGGAUUUCACACAAGAUUCAUGUAAAGGCAUUUCCCCUUAGUGCUAUAUUUUAUUUACCGUUAAAAAUCUAAAAUUGGAACAUGAUUGUUUCUUGCUAAGAUAGAAUCCCUGACCAUGGAGAAGGCUAAAUGCAAUCUCCAUAAUCCAAAACAUUAUUCCAUUAAAUAGUGGUUACCAGGAGGCAAGUCCAAGUGUAGGCAAAGCUUGGAAAUGUAACUUUUUUGCACCAUGUGCUACCAUGAAUCCCACAGCCAAUAUGACUACAGGUUAUAUUGGCUGUGGGUGUUCAGGGAGGUGUAGUCUGAAAAAUAAAUUUCUGGGAAUGGGAUAUCAGCUUCAAAACUUGUAAAGUGGUGGUUUGCUCUUCUUUACAGAGGAUAAAAUAUGUUUAUUCUCCGGAGAGGUGUCUGAUCUAUGGUCAUCCAGUUUAAAGAUUUCCCUGUCAUGUGGUAUACUGUAUGUCAGUGGUUCUCAACCUGUGGGUCCCCAGAUGUUUUGGCCUUCAACUCCCAGAAAUCCUAACAGUGAGUAAACUGGCUGGUAUAUCUGGGAGUUGUAGGCCAAAACACCUGAGGACCCACAGGUUGAGAACCACUGCAUAUAUCUAUCUAAAAAUCGGGAGAGAGAUUCCACACUCAUAGGCAUUGGACAAGUUUCGACAUCAGGAGAUGUAGCUACCCUGAUGGAGCAUCAUCAUAUCUACAUCAUCUCCCCUCCAAAAAAACCCCCUCUACUCUUUCAGUAAAGCAGUCUCUACCAAGGAAAGGAUUUCCAAGGCCCAAGAAGUAGGACAGUAUGUGAUGACAUUUCCAUCCCAUGCCCAGCAGCAAGGCAGUUUUGCACAGAAAAAAAAUCCCAAACUGUGAGCAGUUUUGAGAUAAUAUAUAGAUUUCACAGACUUUCUGCCAGUGGGAAGAAAAUUGCUCAAAUUGCCCAUUUCUUCCUUCCAGAUAAAAAUUAGCAAUGAAUUGCAUCCCUAGCUUUUAACAAUCAUAAAAAUAAGAGCUUGUACCUUGUUUGGGCAUUUUAACAACAGCAGAUAUGGAGGGUUCUAAGUAGAAAUUCCACCCAUUCAGAAGUCUCCCUUUGGGAAGGAACGGUAGAAAGUGUUAAUUAAACAACUAUCCAUCCCAUGUAUGCUCUUAAUCUCAUACUCUGCAGAAUUAAUAUUGCUUCAUAUUUUCCAAAGGCAGCUUGGUCCUCCAUUUUGUUUAGCAUCCAACCAGAUAAAAGAACUACAGGGGGGCUCAAAAGCUUGCUAACCGAGACUUUUUGCUUGGUUAUAAUAAAGGUAUUGCCAUUCUAUGACUUUUGGAUACCUUUCAUAUAAACCAACAAAAUACCUAUCUACUAUGUUUAUGGUAGGACAGGGGAGGCACUAUGGUAUGUAUUAGCAAACUGAAUUAUUCCUCCUAGAAUAGCAAUCCCCCAGUUUAUUUCUUCUGGUAAAGUAAUAGCAGCUGAGCACUAUUUUCAGUUUUAUGCCCACACACUGUCUCCUCCAAUGGUUCAACACAACAAAGUUCCACCCUUUGAAAUAUGUAUUUUUGCCUUUUUAGAAACCACCUUCCCUCCCCACUCUGCAACAUAUGCUCCCUUCUCUUAGACCCUACAGUGUACAUUUUGUGGCAAUAUGCCUUCAACUUAGAGCUAUAAUGACUCUCAGGAUGCCUUCCAUGUGUGGAAGAUAAUGAUAGAUCCUUUGUGUUAACCCUUUCCCAGCCAGGCCUUCUGCACACUUUGUGCCGAGGAGGACCAAAAAACCAAACCUGAACACAGAAAACGGUCAGAAUUGGCAGGAGCCUUUGACAGCAAUUGCAUUUCCUCUCAGACUCAUGCUUCACGUGCAAAGUGUGAAUUUACCACAGGACGAGUGCCUUGCUUGAACCAAAGCAACGAUUUUGCCAGUCUAGACCUCUCUGUGCUUUUUUUUUAAUUCUUCCUGUGAAUACCUCAGCGUCAACUGGGCCGCCAUAUUGUAACUGGUGGGCUUAUUGUACUGUGGUGCUUUGCAAUGCAACCCUGCAAAGAACAUCAUUUGUAAUAAUAAUGAUGAUGACUAUGAUGAUAAUGAUGAUGAUAAUAAUACCAAAGGUUCUUUCCCUCUUUUCUCUCCUCUCCUCACCUCUCUUCUCUUCUCUUCUAAUUCUUCAUGGUUCCAAAGCUUUAAAAUAUAAAACCUGGGCAUGUUGGCAACGCAGACCGCUCAAUUCCUUACCGAAUUUUCUCAGAUAUACCUCAUAGAUAAUAGUGUUUAGAGUAAUGUUAUUAUAGCGUAUGUAAUAAAUUAUUCACUUGUUUCAUUUUGGUAACUGUGAUUUAAAAGAAAUUUAAAAAGCUUUAUACGUUUUAGGUUGUGCUUUUGUAAUAGACAGGAAAAAAGGUGCGCUUAAAGAUGUGUGUCCGUCUUUCUUCCCUUUGGAUUUUUAUUUAUUCUGGAUUGGGGAAAGUUGCAGAAUGAGCCCAAAGUUUACAGUUUUCAUAUUUUGCUGAAGAAACAAUCUGUGUUAAUUUGCUCUGUUGAAAAAAAAGUAUGAUUAUUUUCUACAUUUGUGCUACUUGGUCUGAACAAUGACUUGUUCUGUGUUAACGGUGUAGUAUUAUAAUUAGCAACUGCUAUAAUUUCAGUGCUAUCAUUUUGAUGCAUGAGGCAAAAGGAAGAAAAACUUAGCAGUGUAAUGCAUUGUGGUUCUUAAUAGCAACUCUUUUCUCUUCAUUUGGAAAUAGAUAUUUCCCUUUCAUUUAAUGAAGUUUAUUUAUGCAUGGGAGCCUGUUAUCCGUUAGCGGUCGUGGAACAGUUUGUGUAUACAUGCAUUUAGACUGUGGAAAUGUGCACAGUUCCGUCUCAUGAAGUUGAAAUAUCAGUUUUGCAAAAGGAAGGUAUUUCUUUUGGGAUAUGCUUUGAGAUCAGUGCACAUUUGGAAAAGGAAAGUACACCCAAUCCAAAUUGGAUUCAAAUGUUAACAUUUAAAACAAAAGAUUAACUAAUUGGCAACUCCCUCUUUCUAGGACAAAUAUCUUUUAUAUGAGGGUAGUUUGGAGAGAUAUGUCUUAUUGGAAAUAUGAGUGAGCUCAGCUGUGCAUUCUUUCCCAAUACAAAAGCAGUUCCUUUGGCUUUAUGGUAAAACAGACUCACAAACAGCAAUAUCACUGCAGAUCCGAGCAGCAGGGCAGCUCCCAAUUUGCUGGGAAUGAACGGCCAUACAAUUGUUGUGCUAUUUUAACAAAGCAACCAACACUGUCCCAAACCAAACACAAUCAGAAUUAGCAGGGUCUGUUACAGUCUUGUUGUGCACUCCAACGACAACAGGAUGCUUUCUUAGCUCAGUUUCAAUUGCUGCUCAUCUAUUUUUCCUAUGCAACUAUAUUUCCGUUCUCAAGUAUUUCCAAAGGAUGUUUGUUUGCUUCAUUUUGUAGCACACCAAAAAAAAAGAAAAGAAAACAGAGGCAGUAUUUGUAGGGCAUUAAAGAAGCUAACGAUUUAGUGAAGACAAGACAUGUAUGUUUUGGAGUCAGGUCAAGAAUAGUGUGUUCUAAGUCAGUGCUUUCAAAGCCAUUUUGCUAACUUGACCAAGCAAUGGAAUCUUGUCUUAUUUUUUGGAGGCUGUCUGUUGAUUCCAACUCUUAAACUUAAAUCCAUGUCUAGUUUGACCCAUCAUGUUGGACUCAAAACACAACACUAGCUUAACCAUAUGGACAAAAUAGGCAGAUCCUAAAGUCUUCCACAGCUCUUAAACCACCUCUGACAUGGGUAACACCUGCAGAAACAUUGUCAUUUAAAAGAGGACUGUGGAGUGCAUUCAUGCAUUAUAUGAGUCUGUCUUUGCCCAACUUUGCCCUACCAAGAACUGCCAACAAUUCUUCAUCCAGUCUUGACAAGGACAAACAAAAUUCCUCACCAGCAGCACAUUGGUUAUCCUUUAAUUUGUGUGUCCAUCACUGAUACCUUUGGAUAGAUGUUCUGCCUGGAAACCCAUGUAGCCAAACACCACCAUAAAGCCAAAUAAACUGCUAAGUACACUUUACUUUCUUUAGGAAAGUGCAACUUAGGGAUAGGGGUGUGUGGAAAACAGCAGUCUGCUAUACAAGACAACGUCCAACAUGAACAUCAGUAGCGUGUUUAUAUGUCUUUUGUCAUUAAGAAUAUACCUGGACGUGUGCUUACAUUAGUGCAAAGGAACAUAUUUUUGUUUGGCCUUAUAAUAGUAGAUUGUGAUAAAUGAAAGCUUUGUACUAUAGUCUGUUUAUUUUUGUUUUCCUAUUUAUCUGCCAAAGAUGGUAAUGGAUACAAGGAUUUUAAAUAGGAUUUUUUUUGUAAGACAGUUAAUGAUUGUAAUAGUGUUAAAACUUCCCAAAAGCUUUAUAUGUUCUUCCGCAAUAAGCCAAACCAAAUAUUUCUUUCAAGGAAAUUCCAGUCAUGCUAACAGAGUCACAAACCAUACUGAACCAAAAAUGCAGUUUGUUGUAAUGUUUGCAUAAUGUUCAAAUGCAUUUUUUCUUUCAAUCCAAAGGAAAUAAGGGGUAUAUGAGAGAUGGCAACGCCUACCAUUGUUUAAACAACCAAUGGCUGGCCCAAGCUUACUAAAUUUUGCCAAGAAAACUUGUAAUUUAAGGUAUAUUUUAUAAUGCCGUUAUAUGUCUUGGGUUUUUGGUUAUUUUUUAUUUUAUUUUGUGACGGUGAUAUGUUAAAUCGAGUGUUCCAGACAAAAUAAAGUAGCUACAGAAUGAAUGUUAUUUUAUUAUUAAAUGGUUUUUACUCAGUUAUUUGUGCCAACAGACAUCCUUUACCUUAAUAACAAAUUACUGUAUAUGUGUCAAAGUCUUAAUUUAUAGUUCUUGAUGUGAAAAUAAAGAAAAAAACACA